AUGACGAUGAUGAAAGGCUUACCUCAAGCCUUUGUGCUGUUCCUGGUGAUCCUACCAGCAGGACUAUGUCAACUAAUGAAUGACUGGGACGAAGAUCCAUGGGAGGCGCAAACUCUGAAUUGUGAGCAAGGCCUCAGAGAGUUCAAUCCAGUCACGCAGAAGCGGAAGUAUACCAUUGGGAUUCAUGCUCCCGCUGGAGUGGAAACGGCAUAUCGAGAGUUCAAUCUUACGUUUCAGGACUACUUGAAUGAAGCGGUGGGAAAACGAUUUGAACCGCCCAUUGAGUUCAGUCUCACGGCUACGAAUCGGCCGCUCCGUGACUGGUUGGAUCGAAAAGAGGAAAUUGACUUUGUGUACACUGAUACGGGCAUUUUUUCGUGCAUUGGAAUCGAAGUUGGAGCUCAGCCUCUCGCCACUACCGUUUCCCGACUGACAUCCCGAGGACAACAGUACGAUCUUGAUGUCUUUGCAGGAACAAUGAUGGCACGGGCGGACAACAAAGAUAUUAAUACUGUGGCUGACCUGAAGGAUAAGGUGAUUGGUGCUCAGAACUUUUUUGAUUUCGCUGGAGCCCAGGCUCAGUUUUUCGUCAUGUACAAGAAUGGUGUGGACUUCAUAGUGGACCCAAAGCAAGUGAUUUUCACAGCCAACAAUGAGGACACAGUGCAAGGUAUUCUAGAUGGGCGAUGGGAUGUUGGAUUUGUCAGAACGGGCCAAGUUGAAAGAACGAUCAACCCUGCUACUGGUGAUUUCAUUGAUCCCGACCUUGUGAAGGUCAUUGACCCCCUUAUUCAUCGGCUAGACGAUGGGACUCUUUUUCCCUUUUUACAUACUACUCCGGUCUUUCCAGAGUGGCCAUUGGGCGCCCGCAAUCAUGUUGACCGAAUCGUGUCCGAAGAGGUCGCUUCCGCAGUGAUCAAUAUGGGAUAUCACUCUAGCAUUGGUGAAGCGAUCCACAAGUGCCGUGACAAGGCCAGAACCACUGCGGAGAUGGAAAUCUGUGACACCAUGCCACCGACUUACUUUGAUCCCAAAGCAAGAUGUGAUACGACGAGGGAGCUUGCCGAGCUGGCUUUGGCCGCUGGAAAGGCAGGGUUUCACAAUGGUUUUCGUUCACCAAGAUCCCAUUACUCCGUCCGAACAAUGCAACAGGAUGCUGGUUUCAUUGUACAAGACGAUUUUGGUGACUGGCGCUGUGAACGAGAUGACACUUUCUAUGAUGGUAUCUUCUGCCCAGAAGGCCACUACAAGGUUCCAGAAGAAGUAUUUGAGUCUCAAUGUGAAAUCGCUGGGACCCCUUGUCCGGAAGGCAUUUACACUUGCUAUUGCAAACCAUGUGUCAAAGCCUUUGAAGUCAAUGUGUAUCCAGCGCAGACCAGCGAGUCUACCGUCAUUUCUGACUUUAAUCGAGAAGUUGGAUGCGCCAAAAUGGACGUAUGCGCGAGUGUGGAACAAGGAAAGACCAUCACUUUGAAUGCUUUUGAUAAUCGCCAACGACCAAAUGCAACGAUUCGAGUAGUGCGUCACUUUGGAGACGAAGAACUAGACCUCCCUGUGCGCAGCGUGGAAGACUUUCUCUAUGAGUUUGGGUUCUCGCAUAGCAUUAGGGGAAUUGUGAUUCUAGAGAUUUACGUCGACGGUGUCCAAAUAUCCGAGUCUCCUAUUCAAGUCAACGUUAUUGAAAGGAAUUGUGAAUCAGAUUUUCCUGGAGAAAAUCGGAAUUCUUCUGCCAUUGGAGAUUGCGAGUGUUCCCCUGGUUUCAUUGAAAUUAGAAAUGAAUGUGUUUCGGAUUCCGCCCAUGAAGUUAGCGUCUUUCAACUUUCUAAUGAUACGAUAGCUCAACUAGGCGAUCCCGUCGCAGAAUUGAAUUUUGCAGGCUGUGACAAAAUGAGUCUCUGUGGAAUUGUGGAACAGACCAGGGAUAUUGUUUUUCUAUUGCAUGACAACCUUGAACGACAAAAUGCUUCUAUCUCGGUGAUCAUGCAUCUCGGACACGAAGAAACUCUCCUCCCAGUGCGCAGCAUGGAACCAUUUGUGUACGAAUUCGGAUUCGCUAGAAAUCAAAGAGGCGUUGCAAUUCUGGAAAUAUAUGUUGAUGGAGUCCAAAUUCCAGAGUCUCCGGUUCGAGUUCAGAUUACAUCCUUGAACUGCGAUGAUGACUAUCCUGGUCGAGGCAUGAUAGCGAAUGAUGCUGGAAUUUGCGAAUGUUCUGUGGACUCGCUCGAGAUUGGAGGGCAAUGCAUGCAAACUGGGACUUUUGCUGCUAUCAUGGCUUCACUCGCUGGAUUGGUUCUGAUUGCCCUUGGCUGGUGCUAUUUGGGCUACAGAAGACGAAAGAGUGAUGAAAUGUGGCACAUUGACCACAAGGAACUGAACUUCAAUCACCCUGUGGAUGUUGUUGGCCAAGGCGCCUUUGGGGUGGUGCUUUUGGCUGACUAUCACGGAACCAAGGUAGCGAUCAAGCGAGUCAUACCAGAUGAAGACGCACCAUCAUCUGGAUCGGUUGCGUUCAACCAGUCUUCUAGAGAAGUCGGCGAUUCUGGAUCGUCUCCGGGUCGUAGUACCGACGAGGAAAAUAUGGUUACACCACCAAGUAGUCAAGAAGAAACCCCUCCAAUAAGUGCGGAUGCAGGAAGUGCGGAAAAAAGUCGGUCUGUUGACCAUGUUGACUGGAUCAAUGGCAUGGUUGUUGGAGGCAAGAAAUCGUUCUUCCAACGCACUUUUCCUUCGCUAUUCCCUGAUGAAAGGACCCGCGCCAAGCUGCACAUACUUGGAAGUGUUGCACGACCUGCUGGGCAACGAAGGAGGAACUCUCUCAGGUCUUGCCUUCCUCUUUGCGAUGAUAACUCAAAACGGCAACAAGAGUUUGUUACUGAGAUGAGACUUCUUUCACGACUACGGCAUCCGUGCAUCACAACAGUCAUGGGAGCCGUCAUGAGCACGUAUGCACCCAUGAUGGUGAUGGAAUACAUGGAAAACGGGUCGCUGUAUGAUUUGUUGCGCAACGAAACUGUUUACACUGGAGGCGAGAUCAUUCUACAAAUCAUGAAGGAUAUAGCCCAGGGUCUACGAUUUCUACAUGCUUCCAAUCCUCCGAUUUUGCAUCGCGAUCUGAAGGCGAAGAAUAUUCUAAUUGACUCUCGCUUCCGCGCCAAAGUAGCGGACUUUGGCCUGGCGAUCAAAACCAAAAGUGGGACGACUGGCACACCAUACUGGAUGGCACCCGAAUAUUUGCUUCAGAAUACGACGUACAAUCGAUCAUGCGACGUUUACUCAUUCGGUAUGAUAAUCUACGAGAUCUACAGUCGCAAAAUCCCGUACGAAGGUAUUCAACCAAGCGAAGUAUUGAGGAAAGUUUGCGAUCCCAGGAUCAACUACCGGCCACGAGUUCCUGUGACCUGUCCUAGGAGAAUGGCGGAACUGAUGAAGAAGUGCUGGAGUGGCAAUUCAGCUUUUCGGCCCGAAGCCAAGGACUUGGAUAUGCUCUUCACUGAUAUGACAGCAAACGAUGCCGAGCCAUUGAUCGAAGAAGGAAAUACACGAUUGCGAACUCAGGUAGCUGCUGGGGAUAUGUUGUACCAGGUAUUCCCCAGAAAGGUUGCCGAUCAGCUCAAGGCUGGUCAAAAGGUCGAGCCAGAGACGCACGACGAUGUUACAGUGUUCUUUAGUGAUAUUGUCGGCUUCACGGACAUCUCGAGAAAGAUGUCUGCGGUGAAGGUGUGCAAUAUGCUUGACCGUCUCUACCUUGCAUUUGACAACCUGGCCAACAAACAUGACGUGUUCAAAGUGGAAACGAUUGGGGAUGCUUGGGUUGGAGUCACGAACUUGGAAAAUAAUCAGCUUGGAACACACGCAAAGCGGAUUGCCGAGUUUGCGAUUGAUGCGGUGGAUGCUGCUUCUGAAGUACAAAUUGACGAGGAUGAUCCCUCAAAGGGAUGUAUCCACAUCCGAGUCGGCUUUCACUCGGGUCCAGUUGUGAGCAAUGUGAUUGGUUCUUUGAACCCGCGGUAUGGACUCUUUGGUGACACGAUGAAUACUGCAGCUCGGAUGGAGAGUAUGUCGGAGAGUGGCCGUAUCCAUUGUUCAGCGGCAGCUGCCCGACUGCUGAAAGAGCAGGCACCAGACUUGCACGUUCGCAGACGAGGGAAGGUUGCAGUCAAAGGGAAAGGCAAUAUGGUGACAUAUUGGGUUGCUUCUUCCAACGACGAUGGAAGAUCCGUAGACGGCUCUCUUGACAUUCCCAUGGGAAGUUCCUUCGGCGAGCAAUCCAGAUCUAGUAGUGUGGGCAGAAAAAAGAAAAAGAAGUGGACGCCACUCAGCAGAAAGCAGUCAAGAAAAUCUUCGAAAAGCAAUGGUUCCAAUAUUCGAGACUUGUCGGACUCUGUCCCCGCGAACUGGAAGGCUCUCCCACCAUCAUCCUUCCCUGCUGUCGACAGUACCUUUUCGCAAUAG